AUGUCUAUUGGAAGAGUGAGCGAGUUUGAUGUGAAGACGGGUGUGUGGUCGUCAUAUGUCGACCGACUGGACAUGUACUUUACGGCCAACGAUGUGAAAAGUGAUCGUAAACUACCUACGUUAAUCGCGGUUAUGGGGGACGAAGCCUACGAGUUAUUAGUGAAUUUAUCAAGUCCUAGCAAACCGUCGGAGUUGGGGUAUGAAAAGGCCGUCGAAUUACUGCAACAACAUUUACAGCCGGCACCGUCGGCGUUAGCGGAGCGGUUUAAAUUCAGGCAAAGAAGACAGGGUGCGGAAGAAAGUGUGUCCUGUUAUGUCGCAGAGUUGAAAAAGCUAGCGCGAUUCUGUAAAUUCGACAAGAAUUUAAGUGAAAAUCUGCGCGAUCAAUUUGUCUGCGGGCUCCGAAGUGACAUUAUUCGUCAGAGGUUAUUCGCGGAAGAUGACGCAUUGACGUACAAUAAUGCGGUAAAAAUGGCUACGUCUUUAGAAGCGGCAGAGCGCAACGCGGCAAUCGUAGACGCGGCGGGAACAGCCAGCGUCGGAGGGGACAUCGCUGUGCGGGCCGGGGACUUGCACGCCAUAGCUGUAGCGGGCGGAAGGCGGCGGCCGGCCGCGGGUGGCGGCGGCGGCGGACGCGGCGGAGCGCGAGCGCAGCGCGGUGCUCGCGGCGGAGGUGCCCGUGCGGGGUCGGCAGGCGCGAGCGCGCCGGGGAGGAAAACUUACCAUGGGAGCAUAAGGCCUUGUACAGGUUGUGGAUCGACUAACCAUGGAUACGAGUCCUGCCGAUUCCGGGAAUACGAGUGCAGUCGUUGCAGGCGGCGGGGUCACUUACGGCGAGUGUGCCCGGAGCGAAGCCCUGCCGAGGCGGCAGGUUACGGGAAGGAACGCACUUUGUAUUAUGCAGACAUGGAUGACGUUUUGGAAGGUCAGGGGACCUUGGAGGAGGAAGAGAAAUUCCAUCACCUGUGUCUAAACGACUACCGGGCGGUUGACGAGUACCAAUUAGGGUAUAAGGAGUUGUUUGAUGGAGGUUUGGGGCGAUACACAGGAGGCAAGGCAACAUUACGGGUACGGGACGGAGCGGCGCCGGUGUUCCAUCGCGCGCGGCCGCUGCCAUAUGCGCUGCGCGACCGGGUCGACGCGGAGUUAGAUAGCAUGCUGCGCGACGGCGUCAUCGAACCUGUCGACUGCUCAGACUGGGCUUCUCCUUUGGUACCGCCGCAUAUGGGGAUAGUCAAGUCGAAGGCAAUGGCGAGGAGUUAUGUGUGGUGGGCUGGCUUAGAUGAGGCAGUGGAGCGCAUGUGCCGCGCGUGCGAGCUGUGCGCGGCGCAGGCCGACGCGCCGCCGCGGCAGGCGCCGUGCAUGUGGCCGUGGCCGAAUCGUGCUUGGUCGAGAUUACAUUUAGACUUCAUGGGGCCCAUAUUUGUUGCGUAG